UUUAAUUUAUAUGAAAUUUAUAUAUAUAUAUAUAUAGAAUCAACAACAAAGUAUUAUGCUUUACAAAUAUUGGAACAAGUUAUAAAGACACGAUGGAAAGUAUUACCACGAAAUCAGUGUGAAGGUAUAAAAAAAUAUAUUGUAGGCCUUAUCAUAAAAACAAGCAGUGACCCAGAAACAAUGGAAAGUUCUAAAGUUUAUCUUAAUAAACUUAAUAUGAUUUUAGUUCAAGUUUUAAAACGAGAAUGGCCAAAAAACUGGGAAUCCUUUAUUGGUGACAUUGUUGGAGCAAGUAAAACAAAUGAAAGUCUUUGUCAAAAUAAUAUGGCAAUUUUAAAAUUACUAUCAGAAGAAGUAUUUGACUUUUCUAGUGGACAAAUGACACAAACAAAAGCAAAACAUUUGAAAGAUACUAUGUGUAGUGAAUUCUCACAUAUUUUUCAUCUUUGUCAAUUUGUAUUGGAUAAUUCACAAAAUGUUCAACUGGUGGCAGUUACAUUAGAAACUCUUUUAAGGUUUUUAAAUUGGAUUCCUCUGGGAUAUAUUUUUGAAACAAAAUUAAUAAGUACUUUAGUAUUCAAGGUAAAUACAAUAUUUUAUUAAUUAUAUUUAUAUAACAU